UGUGUGAGCAGCUCGGCUUAGCCAGACUACUGGAACUUGUUAGUGUCAGCAGCACACCGUCGCCAUGCCCAAGGUCCCACUGCCAGAGGAGGCAACGCAAACAGACGAACACAUGCGUGCAUUCGCUGAGAAGGUGUUCGCCUCCGAGACCAAGGAGGAAGACAUCCGUGAGGAGAUCUCACUGUUUGGUGUGGCAGAAUGCCCCAUUCUCAAACAGGAGCUGUCACACCAUGUAACCAUGGAUGAUGAUUUAGAGAGACGCAAAAAGCACAUCCUUCGCACCCAAAAGCUGGAAGAAGAGCCAACAUAUCUGGAGGUGCCUCACUUCCAGAGGGUGGCAAUCACAGGAGACUAUGCUGCCGGGGUGACGAUGGAUGACUUUGAGGUUGCCUGCAAGGGUCUGCACCGUGCUUUAAACAUCAGAGAAAAGUACAUGAGACUGGCCAUCCAGAGAUUCCCACAUACUGUAUCUGAGUACCUGCGCAAGGUUGAGGGAGAGAAGUAUAAUCCACAAGAUCAGCUGCAGCCAGUCUUCACUCCACCUCCUCAACGAGAAGAGGAUCCCUUCAACGUCAAGUCUCUUCUUCCUGCUCUUGGCUAUGUGGCUAAAAUGAAGGACGGUGUCAUAUAUGUCUACAAAGAUCAGGCAGCUGCAGACAAACACCAGCCACUGGCCUUGCCUGCUCCUGAUUAUGCCACCUUCAUUGACGACAUGAACUUCCUCAUCGCCCUCAUUGCCCAGGGUCCAACGAAGACAUACACUCAUCGUCGUCUGAAGUUCCUCAUGUCCAAGUUUAAUGUACAUGAGAUGCUGAAUGAGAUGGAGGAGAUGAAGGAGCUGAAGAAUAACCCUCACAGGGACUUCUACAACUGCAGGAAGGUCGAUACUCACAUUCAUGCUGCUGCUUGCAUGAACCAGAAGCAUCUCCUGCGCUUCAUCAAGAAGUCCUACCGAAUCGAUGCUGACAGAGUGGUGCAGAAUAUCAAGGGUAAAGAAAUGACGCUAAAGCAGGUCUUCGAAUCCCUGAAGCUGCACCCCUAUGACCUGACUGUGGAUUCACUGGAUGUUCAUGCUGGCAGACAAACCUUUCAGCGCUUUGAUAAGUUCAAUGCUAAGUACAACCCUGUGGGAGCCAGUGAACUGCGAGACCUGUAUAUGAAGACUGAGAAUCACAUUGGAGGAGAAUACUUUGCUACCAUCAUCAAGGAAGUGGCUAGUGACCUUGAGGAUGCCAAGUACCAGUAUGCUGAGCCACGUUUAUCCAUUUAUGGAUGCAAUGCCAACGAGUGGACAAAGCUCUCCAGCUGGUUUAACAAGAACAGGGUGUAUUCCGCUAACCUCAAGUGGAUGAUUCAAGUACCCAGAAUCUAUGAUAUUUUUAGAGCCAAGAACUUGUUGCCAAACUUUGGAAAGAUGCUGGAGAACAUCUUCCUGCCCGUUUUCCAGGCCACCAUUGACCCCCAGUCCAACCCAGAGCUCAGCAUCUUCCUGCAACAUGUUACAGGCUUCGACAGUGUAGACGAUGAAUCCAAGCACAGUGGUCACAUGUUCUCCACCAAGAGUCCUAAGCCGCAAAAUUGGGACGUAGCAAAGAACCCGUCGUACACUUACUACAUUUACUACAUGUAUGCUAACAUUGCCAUGAUCAACCAACUGCGCAAAGAGAGAGGAAUGAAUACGUUUCUGUUUCGACCUCACUGUGGGGAGGCAGGAGCUAUUACCCACCUGCUGGCCUGUUUCAUGACAGCUGACAACAUCUCUCAUGGUCUCAACCUCAAAAAGAGUCCAGUCCUGCAGUAUCUGUACUUCCUGGCUCAGGUCCCAAUUGCCAUGUCACCCCUGAGUAACAACAGUCUCUUCCUGGAGUACAACAAGAACCCACUGCUGGAGUUCCAUAAGAAGGGCCUGAUAGUGUCUCUGUCAACUGAUGACCCCAUGCAGUUCCACUACACCAAGGAACCCCUGAUGGAAGAGUAUGCCAUUGCAGCUCAGGUGUUCAAACUCAGCACCUGUGACAUGUGUGAAAUUGCGAAAAACAGCAUCCUGCAAAGCGGUCUGUCCCAUGAGGAAAAGACAUGCUUUCUGGGUACCGAUUAUUUGAAGGAAGGCCCAGCAGGCAACGAUAUCCGCAAAACAAACGUGGCUCAGAUCCGUAUGGCCUAUCGCUAUGAGACUCUGUGCUACGAACUCAACCUCAUCAAAGCAGGCGUGAAGGGUGUCUAAAUGGCUAAGCUCACUUUGAAAUUUCUGUCUUAAUUAUCACCACAUACAAUUUGAUAUUAAACCCUAUUGAUAAUGUGUUUCUAAAACAAAAUUAUUUCUUUUAUUACUGAAAUUUCAUAUGACUCAUUUUAAUUUGAAAUGUAUAAGACAAAACUAUAUAAAGCACAAGUUUUAAAUGCAAAGGCUGCCUAUUAUACUUAUCUCUUUUUAUGUUUACCACCACCAAAAUUUCUACCAAUCUUAUCAUAUACAAUAACAUAAUUGCAUUUUGGCCUCUUCUGCUGCAGUCCUCCACUUCUAAACUUAGGAUAGCCACAACAAUUGAAAGUCCCCUCUGAUACAUGCACAAAGCCGGCCACUUCUUUUCACCCACACAAGACAGGUUCAUAUGGGGAUCCAUAUUGAAGACGGAGAGUCACACACUGAUCCCCAUGUAUCUCCUGCCUGUUUGUGCAGGUGCCCUCGAUCAACCAGCAGAGUAGGUAAUUGCAGCAGUUACGAGGAAUCCCCUCUGGCAAUUCCCACCCUUAAGACAAGUCAAAUGUUGCCCGUAUAGGCUUCUAGCUUGCUGCAAGUUUGAAAUGUCAGCUCUGGUGUGCCAGCGUGUUUUACCACUGCGCUACCUGAGCGCCUUUCUGUUCAGUUGUUUCUUUACCACUUAAUACUGACUGGAGAGGGCCACAGGUUAGCACAUGUCCUCCAUUGACCACAAGCCGCUGACCUCAAAUUUUUUUACCAGACAGUGGCAGAUUCUUACAGAGAGCCUUUAACAUGUACACAGAACCACAGUAUUCAUUCAUUUUUUUACCACUUGUGAUUGCACCUCCUUCCAGCCUUUCCUCCCUCAGAUACGGCCCAUUUGUGUCUGUUCAGUGCCCGACAAGGCUUGUGUAAACUCAAACUUGGGUCUCUGUGGUGGUGUUAAACUGCUGCACCACCCCAUAUGUUAAUGAAAAAAAGAAAGAAAAUAUACAGAAUAUUUUAAAAAUAAAUAUAAAUACUGUUCAGUACAAUAGACAGCCUUUUGUCACAUAGAAGACACACAUUUUGUUUUAUUUGUUUACAAAAACAGCCCGAAAUGUCUAUUUAUGUAGACUAUUUUGUCAUUGAGAUAUAGGACUGGAAAUCACAACAGCAUUUCUACUAUAAAUUUACAUGCCAGUUCAUCAGCAACCCUCACCAUAUAGGUGUAGUCUGUUGAUAUACAAUUACUCUGACCAAUUAACCUAUUGAUAUGCACUAUUUGUCAGACUCAGAACAUUGCACACUAUUCAGAACCCAGCAGUGAUAUUUAGAUGCAACCCAUACUACCAUAACAAUACCACAUUGGUGUCACUGCUAUGCUUUGAUCACCGAAAUAUCUGGUCAGUUAUGUUCCAAUAGUGGCACUUUUGUAUACCUCAAACAGUACACCUAUAUUGUAGGCGUUUUUGAAGGCUUUGAAUGUAAUUAUUAAAGAUCAAAUCUUCCUGUGAAUCUGAGCACUGUAACAAAAAGUCUAACAAAAUGGUUUUACCUUAAUAAACUGUGAUUUAUUAAUGACUA